AUGUCUGCGUCGGCGUUUGGGUCGCCUAUACCUUUGUCUGAGAUUGAGUCCGUGUUAGCAUGGGUCGACACUUUCAAGUUGUCCAGACCUACAAAGAAGAUAAAUAGGGACUUCUCUGAUGCUGUCCUCCUAGCGGAGAUCCUGGCGAUGCACUAUCCGAAGCUGGUGGAGAUGCACAACUACCCACCCCGCAACAGCCACGCCUUGAAGCUCAACAACUGGAUGACGCUCAACAGGAAGGUUCUGAAGAAACUCAAGCUGAACCUCUGCUGCAAUACUAUGGAACAACUAGCUAACUCCACCACAGGGGUCAUAGAGAGAGUGCUGGUUAUGGUCCGCGACAAGAUCAAGCGUGAUGAAGAAUUGGAGAAGAGCACCAAAGAUGCUGAACAGAACGUCUCCAGCGGUGGAAGCUACUAUGAAGCCUGUGGGGACGAUGAGCACGUGUUAGUAGUGCCAGUGAAGAUGAGGGUAAAUGGUACCCUGGAGACGGUGCAGCAGAAGGUGGUCAGCCACGACGCGUACCUCACGCUGAAGGAGGAGCUCAAGGACGCCAAGGAUACCGCCGAGCUACUUAAACAGAAGGUGGAGCAUCUAGACAACCUAAUAAAACUGAAAGACGAAAGGAUAACCGAACUACAGAAGCAACUGGACAGGAAGCAAUUGAGACGCAAAGAACCUGAAGUUAUACCCAACUGUAUCUCUGUUCCCUUCGACGAUCUGCCCUCGCCGAUACUAGACUCCUUCAACCCCAGUGCCAACAAACUGAUUGAACCAGUGAAAGUCCCAAGCAUACCCAAAUUAGAGGAGAAAACCUCCAAAACCUCCCUACCGGUCCCAACACCCAAAAUUCCCAGCAAAGCACCAACUCCGAAAACAAGCAUUACUGAAGUAACUUCUUCCAAUAUCAGGGGUCUAGAAGAAAAGAUUGAAGUAGAAGUAGUUAGCUCAAAUAUCUUUAAAGAUAUAGAAUUACUCACCGAAGAGAAAAGUCCAGAAGAUGAAGAGUUUAAAGACAGUGAACCAGGUAACAUAAUCACAAUACAAGACACUAUUGAAAAGGAAAUUAUUGACCUAAGUACGCCCGAAGUCAUGAAUGAAUUGCAUGAGGUCAUGCUUUUGGAAAAUCCGAUGAAGAAAGAUAAUUUAAUGAAUAUGGACAAUAGCGCCUAUUGACGUAGACUUA